AUGGCGGACGACGACGACGCGGCUGCCACCGCAGCGGCGGCACAGGAGGCCGAAGUCCGCGCCGAGGCCGAGCGCCGCACUGAAGCGGCGCGCCUCCGCGCUGCAGCCCUCGACAAGUUCGAGGCCGCCCAUGAGACCAUCUGGGCGCAGGCCACCGCCGUCGUCAACGUCAAGGCGCUGAUCCCCAUCAUCCUCGACAAAGUGACCAACAGCUACACCAAAUGGCGGGGCAUGUUCCUCACCGUGCUCGGCAAAUAUGCCCUCGCCCCGCACGUGCUCGAGGACGAACUGCACCCCGACCGUCCGGUUUGGGUCCAGACUGAUUGUGUUGUGCUGUCAUGGAUUUUCGCCACCGUCUCCAGCGACCUACAGCAGUCGCUCAUGCUUCGCCAACGCCGUGCACGCGAGGCAUGGUGCUACCUCGAGGACGAAUUCCUCGGCCAGAAGGAGUCUCGUGCCAUUCUCCUGGAGACGCAAUUCCGCAACCUUCGUCAAGACUCCAUGACGAUCACUGAUUACUGCCGCAAGCUGGAGACCAUGGCUGCAUCUCUUGCUGAAUUCGGUGAUCCCAUCGGUGAUCGCCAGCUGGUCUUCACUCUCCUUCGCGGCCUCAGUGGUAAGUUCCGCCACAUGGUGUCUAUACUGAAGCUGCAGCGUCCGUUCCCGUCGUUCGCCGAGGCCCGGACUCACCUGCUCCUCGAGGAGAUCGACAUCGACGCUCGCCCACCGUCUCCACCUGCGGCCCUCAUCGCCUCGUCGCCCACGCCACCGGCUGGUGGCCCCGGCCGCCAGGCGCCGGCCACUGGUCCUCCGCGCACCGGCCAGCACAGCCAGGCUGGCGGCCAGCCAGGCGGCCAACGCAACGGCCGCCGGCGUGGCAAGGGUGGCCGCGGACAGGGCCACCAGCCCGGUGCUGGUCAGGGUGGCCAAGGCUCCUCUACAGGCGGUUACGGCGCCCCUGGCCACGGCGCAUCCGCUGGCCAGGGUGGCGUGCACGGUGUGCACCCCUCUUGCACGGUGUGCACGCUCCAGAUGUGGCCGUACGGUGGCCGCCCACCACCAGCACCACCGGCCUUCGCUGCUGUCCCGCAGUACGGCGCACCUUUUGGUGGUGCGUCCAGCGGCGGUUUCUACAGCCCCGGCUCCAGCUACCCGUUCACCUACGGGGGAGGAUCAGCGCCCUCGACACCGACAUUUCAGGGGGCACCAUAUCAGCUGCAGGCUGCCCCCUGGAACCCGGCACAUGGAGGCGCAUGGAACCAGGACUCCUUGGUGCAGAAUUUCAACACCAUGACGCUCCACCCCCCGGCACCUUCGGAAUGGUACGCCGACUCUGGUGCAGGCUCGCAUAUGACUGCGGAUGCUGGAUUUGGAAACCAGGAACGUGAUCGCCAGGUGCAAUAGCUCUGGCGACCUGUACCCAUUUUUUCCACCAGCUACCAGCACCUCCGCACUCCUCGCUGCACCCACCUCGCUAUGGCACCGUC